UGUAGCGGGAGGGAGUCUGGCUACGGCCAAGCCAAGAGGAGAGAAACCGGGAGCAGAGAGAGGGAUAGGAUUUAGGGGGUCGCCCUGACGAGACGCGAGUUUCUGAUCGUGUUAUUUGCUUUCCCUUGCCGCUCGCCAUUCCCCAGAAAUCCUCCAAAUGUCGGAUUUCAAGCUAGGAAUUGUUCGUCUGGGCCGUGUGGCCGGGAAGACAAAAUACACUCUGAUUGAUGAACAGGACAUACCCCUAGUGGAAAACUAUGCCUUUGAGGCACGAAUGGAGGUGGAUGCUGAUGGUAACGGAGCGAAGAUCUUCGCAUAUGCCUUCGAUGUCAGCAAAGGCCGCUGGGCUGGCCGGCCACUGCACGAGCUGCUCUGGGAGAAGCACAGAGGGGGCAUCGCUCCCAGUUUCCAAGUGGUCCACAUCAACUCUGUCACCGUUGACAACCGGCUGGACAAUCUGCGCCUUGUCCCGGUGGGCUGGAGCCCCAAACCAGAGGAGCUGUCCAGCAAGCAAAGGGAGCAGUCUCUAUACUGGCUGGCCAUCCAGCAGGUGCCAGCCGAUCCUGUGGAGGAGCAGUACCUGGAGCUGAGUCGCACACGCUACUACAACGCUAAUGGGGAACUGGUAGAGGAGGAGGAGUGCUCCUGCACCUACUACGAGUGCCACUAUCCCCCCUGCUCGCUCAUCGAGAGACGGCUCAGAGAGUUCAACAUCUGCGGCCGCUGUCAGGUGGCGCGCUACUGCGGCUCCCAGUGCCAGCAGCGUGACUGGCCCGCCCACAAGAAGCAGUGCCGUGAGAGGAAGAGGGUCCUGGGCCUGGAGUCCGAACCAGAGCGGUGAUCUCCAACCCGUCCAGGAAGGAGGGUGGCGGGGCUCAUGAAAGAGAUCAGACUUUAGCGAUCAAAGACUUGAAAUCGCACCUCACAGAACUGAAAUCUCAGCGGCUGGCGUGUUGCGUCUUCCCGGGGAAUGAUGGGAAAUGUGGUUUUGUUUGUUUGCAGAGAAGGAGACCCUGCCCCUGCUCCACUAAUACUAACAGACAGCUUCAGCUAAGGAUUUUUGUGCUGGGGGGUAGAAAUAAGGUUGAGACCAUGCAUCUCUGGACUGGACUGAAGUGUGGACCACUGCCACCACACACCCCUUUCUCCUCCUUCCAUCUGUCUUUGCAGAAACAAUGGAAUAGAGUACCCAGAGAUCCCCCCCCCCCAGAAAAAAAUGCCUUCAUGGCUGGCAUAACCGUUAUGGACCUCUUCACUGUACUGCCCCUGGUGGACCACUGUUGCACGCACUCAAGCAUUCACCCUUUGUGCUCUGAAACAAAGACAGAGUGCACUGAGGGUUUUGCCACGCUGCUAUUGGUGACUGAAGGAUCAAGUGGCAACUUUUGUGGGAAUGUUUGUGUUUUCUUUUGGGUCAAAAAUGGAGGGCGCUCUCAGCAUACUCCUACGCUUCCCAGGACAUAUGGUGGUUUGUUUGGGCUAUGUGGCUAGUUCUGCCAGUGUUGGACUUCCUCUGUGUCUCCAUGCAAACAGUAACUUCCAUCCAAGUCAUAAUUACGCUCACUGACUGACAUAUUACUGCUUGUUUUGUGUCACUCUGUGUCUGCCACGCACACUCUGAGUGUACAUUUCUGUCUGGUGCAGACUCUCCUUUUCUUCCCAAACAAGGACUUGCACUGUUGGACAGGCCCAAGGAUUCAUAACCGCAUCCUUGGAGCUUCCCUGUCUUGCCGUUUUUCCUCUGUACUGGGUUGUUUCUGCCCCUCUGACACAAGCUGUACAUAAAGAUUAAGGGGGUUUGUUUACUGUGACACUAACUCCCAAGACACAAACAUGGACUAACACUCAUGCACACACACACAUACACAAACACUGCGUCCAUCAAUACUGUAGCCCAACACCCAGACACAUCCACAAAUACAGCAGCUCAGUCCAAGUGCACUCCAGUAUGCUGACAAUAAUGGUAAUUGUUUAUAGAAUUAGUUAUUUAUCUGGGUGGGUUCAACGCUGUGCACUGAUCAGUUUUAAUUCCCUCCCCCAAAAUUUUGUGUUCCAGUUUCUUGUCUGUUAUUUAUCUUGUCAUUUAGAGGGAGAGUGAAUGAUUUUGGGAGGGUUGGGUGAGAUGUUUUUAUUAUUAAAUUGAAAAAAUAAAAUCAAAUGCAUAGAAUAAACAAGUUGCCUGA